UCGUCGGGGAAUAUGAACGCUUUAUAAAAUGUUGUGCGAGCUGCUAAAACUUUCUGCAGUAAUUACUUUAUUAAAGUUUUUUCCGAACCAAAAAAAAGUCAAUAAUUAAUUACGAAUUGUUGUGAAGGGAUAACUGGAAUAUUUCACCAUUGAAUCUCUUCGAGGAUUCAAUCGAACAAUAGAAUGUGACCAACAGUACAACCAGUGCGGCGACGAUUUUGAAUGUAAUUGAAAUGAGAUGUUUGUAAAUAUAAUGUGAUUCAUCUAAAUACAUAAGCAAUAAUUUAAUAAAAUAGAGUGUAAUGAAAACGGAAAAUUAAAACAAAACCAAAAAUUUAAAAAAAAUUAUCAAAGUCAUAAAUGUGCAAUUCUGAAUUAAAUAUGACAUCGUCAACGUCUUUGAUCAAAAAUGAGAAUGAUGUCUCUGAUGGUUCUGCCGAAUCCAAGAAAAAUACGAAAAUACUGCUAUCACCCUGUGCCAGUAUGAAUAGUAACUGCAGCGACGAAGGGAAUGACGAUAUCGGAAAACUAUUUGAACAACGAAGUGUUGCGAUCGAAAAAUGGCUACGAGAAAAAGCCCCGCCGGAAGUUAUAGCAAAGAUCCAUUCAAUUACUGAGAACAAUAAAGCAUAUAAAAGUUUGAAACGUCCGUCCGUUACAUCUGAACUGUUUCAACAAUGGCUGGCCUCGUCACCAAUGUCGAAACCUUGUUCACCGACCGUACGAAGAUGUCCUAGCAUUCGGAAGCAUUUGAAAAAUUUAGAUGAAGGAGAGCUAUUUAUGGAGCUUAUUAGAGACGUGGCCAACGAACUGGAUAUUGAUGUUUUAUGUCACAAGAUUCUUGUAAAUGUCGGUUUGCUGACCAAUGCUGAUCGUGGUUCACUAUUUCUUGCCAAAGGUUUACCGCCCAAUCGAUAUUUACUGGCUAAACUAUUCGAUGUAACUCAAGACACAGCUUUGGACGAUGCAAUUUGUAAGGCUCGAACAGACGAACUAAUUAUAUCGUUCGGUGUUGGUAUUGCUGGUAUGGUAGCUGAAUCUAAGGAAAUGAUCAACAUAAAAGAUGCCUACAAUGAUCCUCGUUUCAAUUGUGAAAUCGAUCUAAAAACCGGAUACAAAACGAAUCUUAUGUUAUCGAUGCCUAUAUGCAACUAUGAGGGAGAUGUCAUUGGAGUUGCCCAAAUCAUUAAUAAAACAGACGACUCAACCGAAUUCACCGAACGAGAUGUGGAAAUAUUCCGAAGAUAUUUAACAUUUUGUGGUAUUGGUAUACAAAACGCUCAGCUAUUCGAGAUGUCAAUUCAAGAGUAUCGACGAAAUCAAAUUUUGUUGAAUUUAGCCCGAAAUAUAUUCGAGGAACAGAAUAAUUUGGAAUGCCUUGUGACGAAAAUUAUGACCGAAGCUACCGAAUUAUUGAAAUGCGAACGGUGUGCCGUCUAUUUGUUAGACCUGGACUGCUGUGAAUCGAGUCAUCUUGAAAAAAUAAUUGAGAAACCAACACAACAUCAUCAUCAACAACUAUCCCGACGACAAAGUCAAAAUGUAAACGUUGAAGACAUACUCGCCCAACAGAAAUCCCCGGCUACAUUUACAAUGCUCUUCGAAAUGGGCCUACACAAUCGAUCGGCAGUAGUGUCUCGACCCACAAUCGCAAGUCUUCAGAAUUCUGCAUUGGCUCAGAUCGCCCAAUAUGUAGCAACCACUGAACAAAUUUUUAACAUAAACAAUGUGUCCGAAUGGCUGAAACAAUACACCGACUUUGAACCGGAUUCGGACAUUGAGGAAACGCCAACGAUUCUCUGCAUGCCCAUCGUGAACGGGCAGAAGAAGGUUAUUGGUGUCGCUCAGUUAAUUAAUAAGGAAAAAGGAAAUGCCUUCACUGACUCAGAUGUUUCAAUGCUAGAAGCAUUUGUGAUUUUCUGUGGCUUAGGUAUCCAUAACACACAAAUGUAUGAAAAUGCAUGCAAAUUAAUGGCUAAGCAGAAAGUGGCACUGGAAUGUCUCUCAUAUCAUGCAACAGCUAGUCAACAGCAGACAAUCAAACUUGUUCAAGACACGAUCCAAUCUGCCGAGGAUUAUUGUCUCUAUACGUUCCAAUUUGUCGAUUUCGAUUUAUCUGACGAUGAUACUUGUCGCGCCACAGUACGAAUGUUUUUGCAAUGCAAUUUAGUACAACAAUUUCACAUUCCUUACGAUGUAUUGUGUCGAUGGAUCCUUAGUGUAAGGAAAAACUACCGUCCAGUCAAAUACCAUAAUUGGCGACAUGCUCUCAAUGUUACCCAAACCAUGUUUGCCAUGAUGAAAACCGGAAAAAUGGAGAGAUUUGUGACUGAUUUGGAAAUUUUAGGUUUAUUGGUGGCAUGUCUGUGCCACGAUUUGGAUCACAGGGGAACGAAUAAUGCAUUUCAAACGAAAACCGAUAGUCCGUUAGCUAUAUUGUAUACAACGUCUACAAUGGAACAUCAUCAUUUCGACCAAUGCAUUAUGAUCUUAAAUUCGGAGGGCAAUAACAUUUUUCAGGCACUUUCUCCUGACGAUUACCGAAGAGUAAUGAAAAUUGUCGAAAGUGCUAUUCUAUCAACUGAUCUAGCGGUAUAUUUCAAAAAGCGGAACAGCUUCCUAGAACUCGUAGAAAAUGGCGAGUUUGAUUGGCAGGGUGAAGACAAAAAAGAAAUUUUAUGUGGAAUGAUGAUGACCGCCUGUGAUGUUAGUGCGAUCGCAAAGCCAUGGGACGUUCAGCACCGUGUCGCCAAAUUGGUCGCUGAUGAAUUUUUCGAUCAAGGAGACCUGGAAAAACUUCAACUGAAUACUCAGCCAAUUGCUAUGAUGGAUAGGGAACGUAAAGAUGAACUUCCCAAAAUGCAAGUUGGAUUUAUCGAUGUGAUAUGUGUUCCACUGUAUCGAAUUCUGUCCGAAACAUUUCCAUGGAUCCGACCACUAUACGAAGGCACUCUAGACAACCGACAGCACUGGCAAGAUUUGGCAGAAAAAGUGGAGAUGGGACUUACAUGGAUCGAUCAUGACACGAUUGAUAAACCAGUAGAGGAGUUUUCAGCCUGUUCGAAUGAAAUCAAAGAUAUCGAAUUUACCGUAACCACAUUUCAUAAUCCGAAUGCCGAACACGAACAGUCUCCGAAACGUCGACAACGGUUCAGUAGUCUACGGAAAACCGGAGCACUGUCCCGGGCCGUUCGAUCACGUCUAUCAAAAUCAUUUUACAAUAAUAAUUACGAGAGUAAGAUUAAAGAAUCGUCGGCUACAAAUAUUGUCGUACCAUCAAUUUCGAUAAACAGUGAUUUGGUAGUGGAUAAGGAGGACGCAACGCAAAGCGUUGCUAAGGUGAAAAAGCACAAAAAACGUUCGAAAUUAUGUUUAUUACUGUGACCAAAAUUUUGCGACUAAGGUUUGAUAAAAUGACUAAUAAUAAUAAUAAUUUUAUGAUACUGAAGAGGUAAAACAAGAUAGAAUGCUAGGAAGGACACGUGCACAGUUUAUGAAAAAUACCUGAAGAAAACGUUCAAAAAAGACACGUCGAUCCGCAAGUUUUUUACAAUUAAACGGCAAAUAAUAUGUAAGUAACGGGGCAACACUCUACAUAUUUUCGAGAUACAGACCGAGUAUACUACUUCUUCUGAUCUCAAUAUUAACAACAACAAGACGGAAAAUAUCUUUGUUGUCUUGCGGCCAGAAAACGACUCAUUACCGUCUCUCUCAAAACUAUUUUUUGCAUUUUCUGGCCGCAACACAAAGUACCUUACUGUCUUACUGGGAAAUUUUUUGUUGAGUUUGACGUAUCUGCUUGUUUUGAUGCCUUUCUAUUAUCACCACACUGGAAAUCCGCCGAAGACAUAACAUCGUCACAAUUUAGAAAAAACAAGUGUUCACAAGACGAAUUCUGGGCGACUUAAGGCCUGUUACAAGCCUCAAAUGAAACCGAAUUUUAGUAGGUUUAGGAGUAGUAGGAGUAAAUGGAUACCACUAAAAAAAAUUAGAAGGUACUUCGGCUAGUAGGAUCAGAGGAAAUGUUGCUCAUCUCAUGUCCGAAAAGUAACAGUAACGUCUUUACCAAAAACAGCUUUCUUGUACAAAAUACAACGCAAAGUAAUGGAAGUACACGCAUUUGAUACAUUUUCUUAUUAAGGGUAGUUAUUCCUCCACUUGGAUAUAGAAAAGCGCACGCAGGCCUCUUAUGUGCCGAUUGUGCUAACUAUUUAAGGUCCAGGAUAUAUUGCGGUUUUACGUGUCUAAUCUGGUCGUACUUAAUAAUAAAUCUACCCAGGUGCCUGUUCGUGACGUAAGCGGGACAGUUACAAAGGAAAUGCUCAGCUGUGUCUAUGCGUUCAUCACAUAGAUCGCAGCUUGGAUCAGUGCGCUUACCGAUGGUCAUCACACCGAUGAAUAUUCUCAGUCUUGUUCUGUUAACAUUCAAUACUAAAUACUGUAAAAUAAUGAUCCCAGGACUUUGCAUUGCAUUUUGCGUAAGGAACAACUCCUUUUGUGCAAGGGAUACUUUUGGUCCACCAAUUUAUGGUAACUCUACCGUGACUCUAAUAGAUGAAGGUUAGCUGGUCCGAUCAAAUACCAUUGCUUAUACCAAAAAACGAAAUCCCUCUCUUGAACAAAAUUCUUCUAAAUCCCAAACUUUAGGAGGCACCGAUUUUCAAGCAUUAAUCAGGGUAGUUUUCACAAACUAAAGUACGCCACUUCAAGGUGAAAGUUAAAAAUGAUUAGCAAAAUAACAUUAAUUGUGGAUAGAUGAUUAAGUUUUAACACUUUACUAUAAUACAGAAAAAACACUCUAAUAAUCGUUGUUAUAAAAAUUAUAAAUGGCCGUAAUGAAUAUUAUAUAUUAAUAGUGUUGAAAGACUCAUUAAAAUUUAAUCGAACAUAAAAGUUUUUAAAAUAAAAAAAGGAAGAAAGAAUCAAAAGACAAAAAAAAAAUAAUGAUUUUGCUUACAAGCUGUAUACUUUAAGAAGGUUGAACAAAUUAUUAUUAUGUAAUUAGAACGAUGAAGAUAUAAAUGCGUAUUUCCAUCGUAAUAUGAUAUUGUUUUUCACACACAAAAUUGACGAAAAGUUGUGUCAUUGUGGUGAGGUAAUAUUUCUUUUAGGAACAUUCGUUUUUUACUUUAGUUUUAUAUUUUUAUAUAAAAUAUGGAAAAUAAUUGUUAGUAGGAUUUGUCCCUCAUUUACCAAUUUACCCCCCCUAAAUUUCGUCCAAAAUGAAAAUGUCUUCAAGAGAAUACCUUCGCGCCUAUCAUCGACCAAUCACAAUUCUACGAUUCGGCACACAGUUAUAAAAUUGAGAUGUCAGUCAAUCCGCUAAACUUUCCUCAGCCCUUUUCA